CUCUCUCUCUCUCUCUCUCUCUCUCUCUCUCUCUCUCUCUAAAACAGCCAUGGGAAGAGGUGGCAACAAGCUUACCAAACUCAAGUCUGUCCUUAAGAAGCUCAACUCCUUCGGCCACCACAAGAAGCACCGCACCAUUAGGCCAACGCCCUCAUUCACUUCAUCAUCCUCGUCAAACAAUUCGGAGGACAUCGAUGACUCAUCCUCCUCCACCACCGACCUCCGCCCUGUCUACGUUGGCCAAUCCCGGCGGCGGUACCUCGUGAGCUCCGCCGUCGUCCGCCACCCCCUGUUCUGCGAGCUCGCCGCUCGUUCCGGCAACGGUGCGCCCUUGUCCGACGACGACGCCAACUCCUCGUCCCUCAGCAUCGCGUGCGAGGUGGUCUUGUUUGAGCACUUGCUGUGGAUGCUCGAGAACGCCGAGUCCCGGCCCGAGUCGCUGGAUGAGCUGGUCGAGUUCUAUGCUUGCUGAGGGAGACGAGGAUGCAUGGCGAUUGUAAAGGAUCAUAUUCGAUGUGGUCAAAGAGAUUGGAUGGCCAUCUAUAAUUUGUAAUUGCUUGUUCUAUUCUUUUCUAAUGUUCAUGACGAUGAUUAGAGCGCAAAGCCAUGUAAAGAUAGAGGAGAGAGAGAGAGAGAGGCCUCACGGCGGAGCGGACGUCGCUCUUGUAUUGUUCAAAUAUAAGCUAUGCAUUUGGAUUUUCAUGAGCUAAAA